CUCUCUCGAGACACGCACCCGGCCUUACUUAAACAUCAACUGGUGUGUGCCUUUGCAGUGGCUGUGGUGGUGGUGGUGCGUGGUCCUCUUCUCCAUCCAGAGACAAUCCAGUUCAGUUCAGUUUCCUCUCUCCCUCCUGUCCUCACCUCACGCUUGACAAGAGAGAGAGAGAGAGAGAGAGAGAGAGAGAGAGAGAGAGAGAGAGAGAGAGAGAGAGAAAGGCUGAACUGAGCUGAGCUGAUCGAGCUAGUGUGCGAGACGGCAUGGACCGAUACGGCGAGAAGCAGCAGCAGCAGCAGAUGUUUGCCUCCUACGUGGACGCCUCCCUCCUAGCAGCCAGCGGUGAGGUGCAGGGCGAGAGGCCGAGAGCGCGGAGGAGGAGGAGGCGUGGGGCGAGGUGCGUUGGCGGCGGCGGCGGUGGUGGCGAGGUGGACGGAGGGGACCCGAAGAAGCGGCGGCUGAGCGACGAGCAGGUGGAGAUGCUGGAGCUGAGCUUCCGGGAGGAGCGGAAGCUGGAGACCGGGCGGAAGGUGCACCUUGCCUCCGAGCUCGGGCUCGACCCCAAGCAGGUGGCCGUCUGGUUCCAGAACCGCCGCGCCCGCCACAAGAGCAAGCUGCUCGAGGAGGAGUUCUCCAAGCUCAAGCACGCCCACGACGCCGCCAUCCUCCACAAAUGCCACCUCGAGAACGAGGUGCUGAGGCUGAAGGAGAGGCUGGUGGUCGCCGAGGAGGAAGUGAGGCGGCUCAGAUCAGCGGCGGGGAGCCACACGGCCUCCGGAGAAGGCGGAGACAUCAUGGGCUUAGGCGGCAGCGGCGCCUGCGUCGCCGGGAGCCCGAGCUCGUCGUUCUCGACGGGUACCUGCCAGCCGCCGAGCUUCGGCGGCGGAGAUCACCUCGGAGACGAUGACCUGGUGUAUGUCCCGGAGUACGGCGGCUACGCUGAUAACAGUGUGGUUGAGUGGUUCAGCCUGUAUGGAUUGAUCUAACGAAGAUCAAGUUGAUGAUGGCAUGUGCGGGGAAUUUAGUUAGUCAUAGUGUUAAUUAAGCUGUAUGGUGAUCGAUCGAACUGAUAUGGUCAGCUCUAAGUGUGUGUGUUUAAUUAUGUACAUAAAGUGAUUAAUGGCAAAACCUGGCCAGCUAGCUAGUAAUGUAUUAAUAUUAGUAGUUCGCUUAAAAAAGAUCAGAUGUGUGUUCAUAUCAUUUUGUGUCCUGCUUCAGAAUUUAGUGUUAAUUAGUAUGUAGUCCUGAUUCUUGAUGCGAA